UGAGCGCAAACUUGAGCUCAACUGAGGGCAGUUGAGUUGGGCUAAUGGGAAAAAAGCCGAAUGCGUAUUCAAACUUAGAAGGCGCAGUAGAUGAUGGUUAAAGAUCCUUCUCAGCCUUCCCGUCUUCCGCUCAAAUAUUGCGAUCAGUGUCCCUUCUUCACCGACAGCGUCAAGACAAAGGCUAAGGCAAACACAGAGGCCAUAUCCAAUUCCGUGGCCAUGGAUGUUGAAGAAACACAACUAGAGCUAGGGUUUCCUUGCUGGAUUCCCGUCCGUCGACGAUUCGAUCCUGACUCUCCUUUCUUUGCUUCUGGAAACAUCGAAAGGGAACUUCUCGCCAAACAGGUUGCACUUGAUUUAACUGAAGAUGAAAAGCAUUACCUUCGGAAUUUUGUGGAUGAAGAUUUCAGGGGAGUUUUCUGUUCCAUUGUUGGUUGUGAUGCACGUCUGACUUCGCUAGAGGAUUUCGAAGAUCAUUAUAACGCACGGCAUACUGCAUCGUGCUCAGUGUGCUCUAGAGUUUAUCCUACAUCGCGACUACUCAGCAUACACAUAUCCGAAGCACACGACUCUUUCUUUCAAGCGAAAGUUGCACGAGGCUAUGAGAUGUAUCAGUGUCUUGUUGAAGGUUGUAGUCUGAAAUUUAAGACCUACAAAAGUCGGCAUCAGCAUCUAGUGGACAAGCAUAAAUUCCCUAGUUCAUUCGAAUUUUUUAAGAAGGCCCAUCCGUCCAAAAAACAGAGGCAGAAACAGCAGCGCAAACAAUCUAUUAACAAGAAGGCAGACGCUUCAAGUAUGGAAGUUGAAAAUGAAGCCAUUGAUGAUCUUGUUUCCGCCGUUUCCAAACUGAGCACUUCGGAUUCACCUUCAUCCAUCAGCUUUGGUCGCCGCCACACUCGUGGUUUAACAUUUGUCCCUCGAGCUGUUCAACGUGACAAAAGGCCAGACUCCACAUGACCAGGAACGAAGACAUAGCAAAGCAUACAAUUCAUUGAGUUCAAUUUUUGCCUUCCGUUACUGUCUUCCUACUGGCAAUUAUAGGGAUGGCUUCUCCAACCAGCUUUAUGGCUAAUUUUGCAGUUUGAGGACAGAAUUUCCAGCUUUAGUUGAUAUCAACAUGGUUAAUCGAAAUCUUCAUGCGAAGCAUCCAUGGGAGAGCAAGUAGCCAAUUUGGAGUCGAUCUGGUUCAGACACUCUCAGUUAUAUGAGUGUCGUUGUGAGAAUGAUGAAUUUAGGAGGAAUUACACCCGUUAUAUUUGAGUCUAAAAAAAUCGUUUUGAGAUUUUGGUCUCUGGUGUGUAACCUUUCACAUUGAUUAUAACCGUACCAUAUGGCUUCUGAUUAAAGUAAAACACUUUGCUAUUGUUUGAAAUGGCAUUAUUCAAUUGACCCACACCUUUGUAUAACCUAGCAGAGUUUUUGUUUUGUUCUCUUAUCUAUCC